AUGGUUGCUCAACAAUUAGAGUCCAUCCAAUUGGAUAGUAUUGAAGAUGAGUUUAAAUUCGAUAUUCAAACAUUGGGACAAUUCGUAGAUGUUCCAAAGAAUCCAGCUUUACUCGAAGAGAUUGGUGGUGUUCAAGGUUUGGCUGCUGGACUUAAAUCAUCGACAACCCAAGGUUUACCAAACGAAUAUAAUUCUACUGAAGCCAAUCGUAUUAGAAUUAUCAUUCUAGAUGCUUUAAAAGAUCAUAUUUUGAUUUUACUUAUUAUUGCCGCUGUUAUUUCUAUUGUUUUGGGUGCCAUUCCAUAUACUUCCGAUGAUCCAGAGACUGGUUGGAUUGAUGGUGUCGCUAUCUUGGUCGCCGUAAUUAUUGUAGUGGUCGUGACUUCGACCAAUGAUUUCAAGAAUCAAGCUCGUUUCCGUGAGUUGAAUGAAAAGACCUCCGAUAAACAAAUCAAAGCUAUCCGUUCAGGUGAGCAAUGUCAAAUCUCCAUCUUUGAUGUACGUGUCGGUGAUGUCCUACUCUUGGAUACCGGUGACAUUCUCUGUGCCGACGGUGUCUUUAUCGAGGGUCACUCCAUUACUUGCGACGAGUCAUCGAUCACCGGUGAAUCCGAUCCAAUCAAGAAAGGUCAUUACACUGAGGGUUUCGAUCCAAUGUUUAUCUCUGGUAGUAUGGUGUUGGAAGGUUUCGGUCGUAUCAUGGUCACAGCUGUCGGUACCAAUUCAUUCAACGGUAAGACAAUGAUGUCGCUCCGUGUCGAAUCUGAAGAUACUCCACUCCAAGAGAAACUCGGAAAACUCGCUGCCAAUAUUGGUAAAUUCGGUUUGUCAGCUGCCGUUCUACUGUUGUUGAUUAUCAUUCCAAAGUACUUUAUCGAAAAGAAAGUUAAUGGUGAGCCAAUCUCUUCCAAAGCCGGUGGUGAAAUCACCAACAUGGUUAUUGGUGCCAUCACUAUUAUUGUUGUCGCCGUGCCAGAAGGUCUUCCACUUGCCGUAACAAUGGCUCUUGCAUAUGGUAUGAUGAAGAUGUUCAAGGAAAACAAUUUGGUACGUCACUUGGCAUCGUGUGAAACCAUGGGUAGCGCCACUACCAUUUGUUCCGACAAGACCGGAACUCUCACCCAGAAUGUCAUGACUGUCGUUACCGGUUACAUCGGUACUCUCUUCAAGGAUUGUCAGCAAUUCGCUUCGACUCUUCCAAAGGAUAUUGCUGCCAUUCUCUGUGACGGUAUCGCCAUUAACUCCAAUGCCUACGAAGGUGUCUCGACCAAGGGUAAAAUCGAAUUCAUCGGUUCCAAGACAGAGUGUGCCAUGUUGAACUUUGGAAAGUUGUUUGGAUCCGAUUACCAAGAGGCUCGUCGUCGUUUGGAGAUUGUUGAACUCUAUCCAUUCUCGUCGGCUCGUAAGCGUAUGGGUGUGUUGGUCAAGCAAGAUUCAUCGAGUUACCGUUUCUUCCAAAAGGGUGCAUCUGAGAUUGUUCUCGGACAAUGUGAUCGUUACAUCGACCAAAACGGACAAGUCCAACGAUUAACACCAGAGGUCAAAGCUAUUUUCGACCAAACCAUCAUUGAUUUCGCAACUGAUGCACUCCGUACCAUUGGUAUGGCAUACCGUGACUAUCCAAUCGACUGUGGUUUGGAUUUCAAGAAGGAAGCUCCAGAGUCCAAUUUAAUUUUCAUUGGUGUCGUCGGUAUCAAAGAUCCAUUGAGACCAGAGGUUCCAGAUGCCGUUAUCCAAUGUCAACGUGCAGGUAUUACCGUUCGUAUGGUUACCGGUGACAAUAUUAUCACUGCCCAAAACAUUGCCAAGAACUGUGGUAUCUUGACCGAAGGUGGAUUGUGCAUGGAGGGACCGAAAUUCCGUAAUCUCUCCAAGGAGGAAAUGGAUGCAAUUCUUCCAAAACUUCAGGUUCUCGCUCGUUCCUCGCCAACCGACAAACAAUUGUUGGUCGGACGUCUCAAGGAUUUGGGUGAAGUCGUUGCUGUAACUGGUGAUGGUACUAAUGACGGUCCAGCUUUGAAGUUGGCAAACGUCGGUUUCUCUAUGGGUAUCUCUGGUACUGAGGUUGCUAUUGCCGCUUCGGACGUCGUGCUUCUCGAUGAUAAUUUCGCUUCGAUUGUUCGUGCCGUCCUCUGGGGACGUAACAUCUACGAUGCCAUCUGUAAGUUCUUGCAAUUCCAGUUGACUGUCAAUGUAGUGGCCGUUACCAUUGCCUUUGUCGGUGCCAUCUCUGGAGGUGGACACUCGCCAUUGACUGCCGUCCAACUUCUCUGGGUCAAUUUGAUUAUGGAUACCUUGGCUGCACUGGCACUCGCCACCGAACCACCCACUCAAGAACUCCUCGAUCGUCCACCCAACGGUAAAGACGCUCCACUCAUUACUCGCUCCAUGUGGAAGAACAUCCUCGGUCAAUCGGUUCUCCAACUGAUCAUCCUAUUCGUUCUCCUCUACAAGGGAGACGUUAUCUACGAGAACUUUGUCGAUUUCAAGAUUCAACAAACCCAUCAAUACACCAUUCUCUUUAACACCUUUGUAUUCCUCCAGCUGUUCAACGAGAUAAACAGUCGUGUCUUGGGUGCCAAAGUGAAUCCAUUCAAGGGUAUCUUGAACAAUCCAAUCUUCCUCGUUGUCUUGGUGGCCACUGUCAUCAUUCAAGUUAUCUUUGUAACUUUCGGUGGUAAGGCAACCUCUACCGAGCCAUUGGUCAUCCAAGAAUGGGUUGCAUGCAUCGUCACAGGAUCGGUUGCACUGCCAUGGGGUUUGAUGUUGCGUAUGAUUCCAAUUAGCGAACCACCCAUCAAGCGAUCAAAGCCAUCGAAGGAAGAAGCCAUCUACACACCACCAAUCGACAACAGCAAUCCACACUCCACCAAUCAAAUAUCAAUCACCACAUCCAACGAAAGCAAUCAUAACAACAGCGACGACUCUCCACUCGUCUCCAAAGACAACACCGACAUCCCAAUGCAAGUUGGUAGCAGCACCGUUUCACCAACCAACCAAUCAACCGAUAGACCAGUUCCGGUCGGUCGUGGAUGGCAAAUCGUUAGACAAACUCACCAAAAGUUACGUGUAAUCAAUGCAUUCAAAUCAUAUGAAACACCAGGUGACGCACUUGUAGAUGUUGUUCGUGGUCCAACUCGUCCAUCACUUUAUUUACCAUCUAGUAACUAG